UACUCCCAGAAAAGAAAGCAGCUCUGAGCAAAUACGAAGCUCCGCUUUCUUCAAUGGCUACUUCGAAAUCCCAAAAAUUCUCCUCGUGUUCUCCUUUGAAUCCCAAAGUCGAAGGUAGAUACGACAUAUUUUUGAGUUUUAGGGGCUUAGACACCCGCAAAAAGUUCACCGAUCACCUCUACCAUGCUCUCAUGCGUGAGGGCUUCCAAACAUUCAGAGACGACGACGAGAUAGACAGGGGUGAGGAUAUCAAAUCCGAGUUGUUGGAAGCAAUCAUGAAUUCCAGGAUGUCGGUGAUCGUGUUAUCGGAAAACUACGCCAAUUCUACCGCGUGCCUGUUUGAACUCGAGACGAUUCUUGAGCUCCGUGAGAAGUUGGAUCAUUUUGUUUUACCUGUGUUUUAUGAGGUGGAUCCGAGUGAAAUUAAGGAGCAGUCGAAAAAUCUUAAUUUCCCGAAAAAGGAAGUGGCGGCUGAUAGAGUGAAGGGAUGGAGUGCAGCGCUUAAAGAGAUUGCGAGUAUGGCUGGGAUGGUUUCCCGGAAGGAAUCUGACGGGUAUGAAGCCAAAUUCAUUGACGAAAUUGUUGGUCAACUCAAAAGGAAGCUAGUUGGCAAGCAUCUGAUGGUUGGUGAUCAUCUAGUAAGUAUGGAUUGGCAAACUAUGCAAGUUAAUUCAUGGCUAGAAGAUGACAAUUGGCAAACGGGGGUUGGCAUUCUUUUGAUAUGUGGAAUGGGUGGAAUAGGCAAGACAACGAUUGCUAAAGUUGUUUUUAAUUCAAACCAUGGUAGAUAUGAUGCUGCUUGUUUCCUCUCAAAUAUUAGAGAAGUUGCUAAAGCACCCAACGGAUUAGUCCGUUUGCAAAGACAGCUUCUUUCAAAUCUUUUGGGAAAAGAAGAGCACAAAGUGAACAAUGUUGAUGAUGGAUGUAGGAGGAUGAAAUAUAUCUUAGCCAACAAAAGAGUUCUUCUGGUCCUUGAUGAUGUGGAUCAAACGGACCAGCUAUCUGCAUUAGCUGGCCAACAAGAUUGGUUUAUGCAAGGAAGUAAAAUUAUCAUAACCACUAGGAUCGAGAGCAUGAUGAAUGCUCAUGAAAUUUAUAAGGUGUUCAGGCCUGAAAAACUAUCCUUCGAUGACUCACUUGAGCUUUUCAGUUGGCAUGCUUUUGGGCAAAAACAUCCUAUUCAAGGUCACUUGGAGUUAUCAACAAGGUUUGUGCACCAUUGUGGUGGGCUUCCCUUAGCCCUUGAAGUAUUGGGCUCUUCUGUACGACGGAAAAAUAUAGAUGUUUUGGAAAGUGAGUUACAGAAAUUGGAAGCAAUUUCUGAUAACACAAUUCUGAAAAAACUUGAAAUAAGUUAUGAUUCUCUAAAUGAUAAACACGAUAAAGAUCUAUUCCUAGACAUAGUUUGUUUCUUUGUUGGAAAAAAGAAAAAUAAAACGAUCAAAAUACUAGAAGGAUGUGAUUGUUUUCCACUUGCUGGAAUUCAUAACCUUGUCGAUAGAAAUCUCUUAACAAUUGAAAAUGAGACACUGCAAAUGCAUCAGUUACUUCAGGACAUGGGAAAACAAAUUGUUCGCCGUGAAUCUAAGCAUCCGGAGAAGCGUAGCAGAAUUUGGCGCCCUAGAGAAUCCUUCAACAUUUUGCUUCAAAAAAUUGGAACGGAAAUAAUUGAAGGCCUUGUACUGGACAUGAACAUGUUGAGAAAUUUUGACAUGCCUGUGAUUGAAGCAAGUACAUUUGAAAAGAUGUACAAUUUGAGACUACUCAAGCUGAGUGGUGUUCAACUAUUUGGAACAUCCAAGGCAUUUCCCAAGAGAUUACAAUGGUUGUAUUGGCGUGGUUUUCCAUCAACAUCUUUCCCCAAUGAUUUUCCUCUCGAGAACUUGGUCUCUCUUGACAUGCGUUAUAGCAACUUGAAACAACUUUGGAAAGGAACUAAAGUUCUUGGAUCGUUGAAAAUUUUAAAUCUCAGUCACUCCCCAAAACUUGUGAAAACUCCGGAUUUCUCGAGAAUCCCAAACCUAGAGAAAUUGGUUCUCAAAGCUUGUCCAAGUUUGUUCGAGGUCGAUGAAUCUAUCGUAGAACUACAGAUGAUAGAGUCACUAAAUCUACAAGAUUGCAAAAAUCUGCGAAAGCUUCCAAGAAAUAUUGGCAUGCUAGACUCUCUUGUAGAAAUAGAUAUUUCCGGUUGCUCAAACCUUAUGGGGGCAAUGGAGGAGCUUGAGAAGAUGAAAUCACUGCAAGUGCUUAAAGCAAGUAGAAUGGAUACUGAUCUUUUCCUUACUAUGGAGGUUGUAUCACAAGCAUCUUUUUGGCCUUGGGUUCCAAAACCAAGGGUAAAAAUGUCAUUGGCCACUUUACCAAGCUCUUUGGUACGUUUAAAUCUUUCUGAUUGCAAUCUCACUGAUGCUGCAUUUUCCGGGGAUCUUAAGCUCUCCAAGUUGCAGCAUUUAGUUCUAGGUGGAAAUCCAGUUUCCAGUCUACCAAACUUCAUUAAAGAUCUUACAGGCCUCCAAACAUUGAAUUUAUCACGUUGUCCAAAGCUCCAGCAGAUUCGUUGGUCAUCAAACAUCUUACAUAAACUGGAUGUCGAAAGGUGCGAUGCAUUGGAAAAAGUGACGUUCGAGGCUGGGACCUAUAUUGAAAUCAUCGUUGAUAAUCUUUCCCUUAAUUUAUCUCACAUUCAGGACAGUUACAAGUUCUUACCCGUCAAAGAUGUGGAUGUGGAACUGCUCAAGAGUAUUGGUUUCUUCAACUUGGACUCUAUGGCAGAUGUUGAGAUUGCCUUUCGGAAAAGGUUGGGGAAGACUGUCAAGUGCCCCAUUCAGAUACUGUAUGAAGAUAAUGUAUUCAGCACAGUUUUUCCUGGGAGAGAAGUUCCACAUUGGUUUAGCAAUAAGAACGAUGGAUCCACCAUAUCAUUUACUGCCACCUUAUCUCCUCAUUUUGGUUUUCGAGGCUUGAAUCUUUGUGCGGUGUAUACACUUCUGGAAGAGAGAGAACCUGGAAACGAGAGAGAUUGUCAGCCCCUAAAAUUUGAAAUCAAUAACAAGAGCAGUGGCGUGAAGACCGUCUAUGAGUCAAGCUUCUUUAGCAUUCCGGAAAAAGGUGGAGAUGUGGUGUGGUUAAGCCAUUGUUUCGAAGCAAAUCUGUUGACAGAGGGCAAUGAAGUGGAAGUUUCGUUCGGGAUUAUUGAUCGACAUAUUAAGGAGUGUGGAGUUCACAUUCUGUACUUCGAAAAAGAGGGAGAAGUAUCCCAAUACGUUAGCAGCAUACAACAUUCAUGGGAUCAGAGUUAUUCUCUAUGUAUGCCUGAGGAAGGGAUUUAUCAAAGAAGGACAUUACAGCAAUCGGCAGAUAAGAUGUAACGGCAGACAUGGGGAAACCACUGAAUCUGGCCAGAGGCUUUUUCUCUAAGGACCUAUGAAAUCGGAUGCAUGAAAUGAGAAGUUCAGGUACAUACAUCAAACGUGUGUCCAUUUUUUGUUCUACAAUUGGACCGGUCCUAUUACACUAGAGGACUAAUAAGAUGUAAUGGCGGACAUGGGGAACACUUACCUUACUUCACAAAGAGCUAGCUCUGGGACGUCAAUCUUCGGGUACAUCAAACGUGUAUCCCUUUUUUUUGGUGCAGCAACAAGCUGUAUUAGAAUAGAAAAUUUGUACUGAAAAAUGUCUUGGAUAGGUCAAUGAUUGGAUACAGUGUAAUAAUUAGCAUCAGGAUUUAGAGUUUGGAUAAGCCUGAUGCAGAUAGAGCAUGGCUCCCAUGUUUGUCAUGGCUUUAUAGUUGGGUUGCCGGUAUAAUGACUUGUGAUUUUUAGGUACCCACUUAGAGGUGGUGAGAAUGCAAAGUACAUUGUUAUUAUUUUCAAAAAUGGCUUUGAGUAUUAAUGGUCUCAAUGUCUCA